UGAUAUUGAUAUUUUUUUUCCAUUUUGCACCGUCGUAAUUGUAAUGUUUAUUUCAAGUUUGUUGAUGAAUUCGUUUUGUGUAAAUUGAAUUUCGAAUAUAUUAGGACCCUUACUUUCAUGUUCAUUUUCAGUUUAAAGAUGACAGAGGUACACGUGUUGCACCAAUCUGAUGAUUCUGAUGAGAGUGCUUCGGUGACCAGUGCAUCUGAUCAAGAAUUCAGCGAAGCUGAGGAAAAGUCCAACAAUAACAUGGAGAAAACUGAAGAGGAGGUUGAUGAUGAUGGUGGUGGUGAUGAUGAUGAUGAUGGUGGUGAUGAUGAUGACGAUGAUGAUGAUGAUGAUGAUGGAAGUGAUAAUAUACUCGCCAAGUCAGAUGAUAGACUCAGUGACACUGAAACUGCAGAGGAUACAAAAGCAGGGCUUGCAGAUGCCAUGGCAAAAAUUCUUAAAAAGCAGAUUCCAGAACAUCAACAAAUUAUUCUUGCAAAAGGAACCACUGACAAGGAGUUAACCAGAAAGCGACAAAAUGUAGAUGAUCAGAGCAGAGAAUCACAUGUUUCUCAACAAAAGAAAAAACUCUGGGAAGACAUGGGCCGCUCUAAACCCAGCCCAGUGGACAGAGAGAGAGAAAGGAAGCUUCAGCGUAUAGCACAAAGGGGUGUUGUGCAGCUCUUCAAUGCAGUAAGGAAACAACAGAAAGUGUUGGACGAAAAAAUGAAAGAAGCAGGGUCAUCUGAACACAGAAAAGAUCGAGUAGAAAAGUCAAUGACAAAAGGCAAAUUCCUGGAUAUUCUGAAGAGUGCAGAGAAUAAACCAGAACAGAUUGAAACCAAGAAGGAAGAAAAAUGGAGUGCAUUAAGAGAGGAUUUCAUGAUGGGGGCUAAAAUGAAGGACUGGGAUAAAGAGAGUGACGGUGAUGAUGCUGAGGACACAUGAAAAGAAAGCAGGACGUUCAAAGUUUCGUAAUUAAACCAACUUCACAUCAUUUCAGGACUGGAGGAGAAACAGCAUCAAAAUUAUUUACUCCAAGCUGUCAGGCCAACUUUGGCACUUUUCACACGAGAGAUGAUCUGGGACAAAUUUUGUUUCCUAUAGUGUGAUACUGAGCUACUUCAUAUCGACAAUAAAAAUUCCUUGUGUAAGAUUUACAUGCUGCUGCAGCUGAUCAUCUCUUGUUGUCUUCAUAGCACAAGGAAAACUCAUUCUUAUAGUUUAUUAUGCCCUUGAUUUGUAUAUAUAAAUGUACCUGUUUCUAUAACAAGGGUUACAACAUUCUACAUGGUCAAGCAAAACAAAUGUGAAAUAUUUAUAAUUUGUUGACAGAUUUUACAAAUACAUGUAUUGAAUGGACAUUUA